GUACUUGUCAUCUCGAUAUGUCUACAUGGGUUCUCUUAUUCUUCAUUACGUUCUGCAGAAUCAAAAAUCUUAAGAAACAACCCCAUUUUUCCACAACAUUUGCCGCGAAAUAGGCCAUUGAAGACAACUCUUGUACGAAAAUUAAAGCAAGGUUUUUCAGAGAAGCUUCUUUUUGGUAUGAAUCAGAGAAGCUUCUUUUUGGUAUAAAUCGGAGAAGCUUCAACGAAAAUUAAAGCAAGGUGUUUCACUUGUAUAGUCAGAAAGAAAACCUUGUACUUUCUACUGUGUCCUUAAUACUUUCCGUGGGGCCUGCAUUUGAUUGUUCAGAAUUCGGGAGCCUAAGACGCGCACAGCUCUGAGUUGACCCGACUUCCAACUUCUAACUUCUUCUAUAUCACUGUGCGAACAUUAAAGGAAAUUAUCAAUUUCAUCUACCUGAGAAACAAGCAUUCUUCAUUGAGCUUCCUGGGCCUCCAGCGAAGUUCAAAGUCUGGUUAAUAGCAGUUUAUCAUCGAUCACAGCAACACAUCGGUGGAAAAUGGCAGGAAACGGUGAAGCUCCGAAUGACAUAGAAAGCCAGCAAGCCCAGCACAUUCCAUUGAUAACUUCAAUGAGACAAGAGUUGGAGGAUUUGCCUAUUCUGUCUCCUUUGUGUUGUAUCUACAAAGUUCCUGAGCGGCUACGGCGUGUAAGUGAAAAGGCAUACACUCCUCAGGUUGUUUCUAUAGGUCCACUUCACCAUGGGAAGGAUAGCCUAAAAGCAAUGGAAGUGCACAAAAAGAGGUACCUGCAAGCUUUUAUAGUUCGGACCAAGGCCAGCUUGGAGGAGUAUGUAGUGAAAAUGAAGAACCGAGAAGAAAAACUGCGCAAUUGUUACGCUGAAACUAUUGAGUUUACAAGUGAUGAGUUUGUGAAGAUCAUUUUAGUGGAUGCUGCGUUCAUCAUUGAGGUAUUACUGAGGUACUGUAUCCAUGAAUUGCAGGAUGAGAAUGAUCGCAUAUUUAACAAACCAUGGAUGUUACAGGAUGUAUGGCCUGACAUGCGGUUGCUUGAAAAUCAGCUGCCAUUUUUCAUUCUUGAGGAACUUUAUGCUAGAGUCUCUUCUAAUGUUACUGAGGGGAAAUCAUUAAUUGAUCUUUCUCACAAUUUCUUCACAAGUCUGAUGCAUAUAGAGGGUACGGAAGGCAAUUUACAGACCAUACGCUCCUCUCCUGUACAUCAUUUUGUUGAUUUCUGUAGACACUUAUAUCUACCGCCACAACCAGAAUGGCCAGCUAAAGGAAAACUCGAAACUCUAACCACACCCAGCAUGACAGAUCUACACCGGGCUGGAGUCAAGUUUAAGGUGAGAUCAAGCAAAAAUUUAUUUGACAUACGAUUUCAAGGUGGGAUGCUUGAAAUUCCAAAAUUAGCAAUAAGUGAUGAAAUAGAGCUUACAAUCAGAAAUAUCCUUGCCUUUGAACAAUGCCAUAGCCUAGAGAAUAUCAUAAAUGAUUAUGUUGUUGUCAUGGAUCGCCUUGUGAACACCCCAAAGGAUGUGGAGUUGCUUGUCAAGUACGGAAUUGUUGAAAAUAGGCUAGGUGAUAGCUCUGGAGGGUCUAAUUUGAUUAACAAUCUUGCUGACGGGGUCAUCGUUGACUCCAAAGACUUCUGUUAUGCUACUCUUUGUAAAGACCUGAACAAUUACUGCAGUUGGACAUGGCACAAAUGGAAGGCGAAUUUGAGACAAAAUUAUUUCAACACCCCUUGGGCAAUUAUAUCCUUCACUGCAGCUGUUAUUCUUCUCAUACUUACUCUCAUACAAGCAGUGACCUCUAUUGUCUCUGCUGUGAAAGGUAGGUAAACAUAGUAAGUGUCCAUUGCCCGUUCUCCAUAUUCCUUCCUUUUGUUCCCUAUUCUUUGAGAUUUGUAAAUUAGUUUAUGAUGGCCCGAUGGUCAGUAAGAGUAUAUAGGCUCUUUUGCUGGUGGCAGUGUCGUGUAAGAUUGCUGGAUUAUGCCAGAUAUAGUAGAGAUUCAUGUUUGUACUUUGCUAUUGCCAAUAAGAAAUGUUAAACCUUUGUGUA